AUGUGUCCUUUUUGGUUGUCCCGUAGACAGUGUUGCCCUGAGGGAACGUACCGUCAAUACUUGGGCACUUUGAAACAGCCAUUGUCUGAGUAUGAUACAAAGAUCUGUCCACCUCUUAUUGUGGCAGCAAGAAAUGGUUUCGAGAAAAUUCUCUCCAUAAUUUUGAAAUCUGAUCCAAAACCUAACAUAGAAAUGGAGACAACAUUGCACUUCAAGGGAUAUAAUGACAUAGAAGGAGUCACUGCCUUGUGGUGUGCCGCGGAUUGUUGCUGUAUUUUUGGAACUGUGCUAUUGGAGAGUGAUGGUGGUGGUAAGAAUGUCGGGGAUUUUGUGUUGAAGUGCAUUGGCCUGUUCGGAAAUGUAUGGAGAUCACGGAUUAUCAUGAAAUACACAAUAAAGUUAUUACACUAUGUCAUUUUUAACGUGGUAUUGUGUAAUUACUUGUACCAAACCGCAAUGCUCUUUUCUGGGCACGUCACCGAUUUUCCUGCUGUUGCAGGCGCUGGCCAUUUUGAGACCGUGAAGCGGUUGGUAGAAAGUGGUGCAGAUGUCAACCAUGCGACGAAGACAAACUCCACUCCAAUUCACGUUGCAUGCUACUCUGGGAAACUUGAAAUAGUAAAGUUUCUUCAUGAGCAUGGAGCUGACAUUCAUAUCCUGGAGAAUCACGGCCAUUCUUGUCUGAUGGCCGCUACUUGUGGGGGACAUAUGGAUGUAUUUUUCUAUCUCCUGGACGAGGGAGUGGAUUUGAACCAGAAGAUGCUGUGUGGUAAUACGGCAAUGCAUCUUGCGGCCGAAUGCGGGAAUGGGAACAUCUUGUUUGUACUCCUCCAGAUGCGAGCUGUGUCUGUAAAAAAUGCAAAUGGAUUAAGUCCUUUGCUUGGCACUGCAAGGAGUACCCUUGCGUAUAUGUUGGAAUAUUUAAUAACGCUACCUGCUUUUUCGAAGGAAGACAAAAUCCUGUCACUUGAGCUCUUAGGAGCAUCAUUUGCUAGCGACAUGUAUUACUACAAUCUACCCAACGCGUACAAAUACAUGCGUUUAUCAAUGGAAAUGAGAUUCAACGAUCCAGAAGCCCCGUUACCCAAGGUCAUUGGUCAGCCCCUCGCUGCCUACGGGAACUGGGUGGAGUGCCAGAGCCUGGAGGAUCUGGAGCGCAUCCGACACGAUACAACUGCUUUGCACAUGGAGUCGCUGGCCGUCAGAGAGCGCAUCCUGGGGCAGCGCCACCCAGAGGUGGCCGACGCCGUGGAAUUCCGCGGGUCGGUGUUUGCAGAAGAGGGAAGAUAUGACAGAACUGCAGAGCUUUGGCUCCAUGCCUUACGCAUACGCCAACAAAACAAAGUGUCUGUCUCAAAUGACCUUAUACGCUUUGCCGAGAUGUUCCACAAAAUGCUAAGUAAAAAUAUGGAUUUGAAAUUUUCACUUGUUAGCGAUGUUUUUGCUGCAUGUGCUUUAGAACUGGAAAGAAACAAGGAAACUUUGGCUACCACAAGCUUAAGACUUCAUGCUGAAUGCUACCUAGAGGAAUUUCAAAGUAAUAUUAUUGCUGCGUUGAAUAUAUUAGUUACUAUUACAAAAUUGUUGAGCUGUACUACACCUAAUGAGAAGCUAAGUAUUCACAGACUCGUUUAUCAAUUGAACAAGUCAGAAAUUCGACUGCAAAAUGGCUUGACACUAUUACAUUUGUGUGUCAGUGAGAACACAUCUUUUGAUGAAAAAGGCAUCGAACGAGCGUUCAUCUUCCCAUGUGCUGCAGUUACACAUCUUCUUAUUAAGUGUGGAGCAGAUGUUAAUUCAAUGGAUAUUAAGAGGGAUACCCCUUUACAUAUCAUUGCAGCUCACAGAGAUGGGAACAGGGCUUCAUCUAUUAUUUCUCUCUUAAUAAAUGCUGGAGCUCAUACAGAUGUAGUAAAUGUCUUGGGAGAGACUCCAUUUAACACUGCUUCUACAGAUGCUGCAUUGGAUAUUCUGCAUAGUCAAUUACCUUUGAGCCUCAAGUGCUUGGCUGCGAAAGUUGUUAUGGAUUACAAUAUUCCGUUUGAAAAUGAAGUGCCCAAAAUGUUGAUUGACUUUAUUGACUUGCAUGGAAAAAAACAUUAA